AUGAAGUUAGACCCAUCCGCGCUGCGCUACCUCAGCGACGAUGACUUCCGAGUCCUGACGGCCAUUGAGAUGGGAAUGCGCAACCACGAGCUGGUCCCCAUCCCGCUCAUCAGCGCCAUUUCCGGCCUUCGUCAUGGCGGCUACAUGAAGUCGCUGAAGGAGGUGCACAAAAACAAGCUCGUUCACAAGGAGACAAAGCGCUACGUCGGAUACCGCCUGACUAGCAUGGGCUACGAUUACCUCGCGCUUCGCGCCCUCGUCAAACGCGGCGUCAUCGAAGCCGUCGGCCGCGCCAUAGGCGUAGGGAAGGAGGCCGACGUUUUCAUAGUCUCCGCCUCCGAGGCCCUCAUGGACGAGCUCCCAGAUCUUUCCGACACGCCGCAUCUCGCCAUGAAAAUCCACCGACUGGGCCGCACCUCGUUUCGCGCCGUCAAGCAGAAGAGGGAUUACUUGGUCCAUCGGAAGUCGGCCUCGUGGAUAUAUUUUUCUAGACUAGCCGCGACGAAGGAGUACGCCUUUAUGUGCGCCUUGCAUGAGAGGGGCUUUGCCAUUCCAAGGCCGCUUGGCCAGUCCAGGCACGUCGUCGUUAUGGAGCUGUGCAGCGGCGUCCCGCUGACCCAGGUGUCCGAACUUGGCGACCCGGUGGCAAUCGCCAAUAAGCUUCUGAAGUUUGCGGUGAGACUAGCCCAGCACGGCUUGGUCCACUGCGAUUUGAACGAAUUUAAUAUCAUGAUUGAUGACGACGAAAAUAUCACUGUCAUCGAUUUUCCUCAGAUGGUGUCCACAUGUCAUGUCGACGCGGAGGAGUUGUUUGAUCGCGACAUCAACGGAAUCCUUCGUUUCUUCGUGCACCGCUUCGGAGUCGUAGAAACAGACCUUACGCGUCCGAAAUUGAGCGCAAUCCUUGCGGAAAGAGGAGAUGAAGACCAACUCGAUGCGAUGGUCGCCGCCAGUGGUUUUAAAAAUAUUGCGAAUGAAGACCAGUACGGUGAGCAGGAUUUAGGUGGCGAGGUGGACGGCGAGGACGAAGAAGUCUUCGAAAACAUAGACAUGCGGAGCUUACAGUUGUCCGUCCCUCAGGAAGAUUUCACUGAUCACGAAGGGGCUCCAGCCGCGGGUUGCAUCCCAAAUUCCUCAGAACGGGUGAGCGGGGACGAUGCUGGUGUGGAAGAAAAUUUGGAAGUGGAAUCCAGGGCAGGUUUUGACAAGCCUCAACCGGGAAUGGAAAUCAACCGCGCUCUGAUCGAGUCCCGAGUCCGCCGACAAAGAGGAAAUCAAUCACAGCGGCGUCAAAUGGCAAGAAGAAACGUUGUCAAAGACUCAGAGAAGCGAAAAAUCAAGGUGGAGAUGUCAUCUGACUUUUGGUAGCCUGCUGAGCCAAGCGCGCCCAUACGUCUCAACGAUUCACUGACGUAUACUGUGGGGCUUUUCGUUUCCCUCUAUCUGAGAGGCGCCUUGUCCGCGAUUCAAUCUGAAGCUGGGAGCACCCUUGUUUAUACACCACCAUCGGCAUAAAGGAGGCAUCAUGCAAGAAGGCUAUCCGCGCGUCAUGCCGUAGCUACGACGAGGUAUGAGAUAGUUGCGCCACUUGAAAAGUAGAGGGAGCACCUACUCAUCCCUGAGGACACUGCAAACAUCCACUCACCUGGCAAUGCACUGCUGAAGGACCAGUCUCCACGAUGAACAUUUAGCCGUCUCCAAACACCACUUCUUGUUUAUUCACAGCCAAACGGUUUGGCUUCGAAAUCACGGUCGGUCAAGACUGCCGCGCAUUAGACACAGCUUAUGAGCCAUGGCAUGCGUGGCUUUGACGCCUUUCUAACAGUAAGAAAAAACAUAAAAGCUCGGUCUUAGGAGCCAGUAGGCCUCUCCUUGCCCAGCGAUUUAUUACUG